GCGCCGCUCGAUCGGCUAGUCAGUCCGGCCGUGGUGCGCGCGCAGUGCGGACCUCUAUCUUUCGGCUCUAUUUUCAACUGCGAGUGUCUUGCCGUUUUCCAUUCCUGUUCGUUUCCUUCCCGAGCUGUGCAGCUCGGUAGCUGGAGAGGCACACAGGACACAUGCUCGCUCUCCCGCAUUGAACGGUCCGCCGAGCUACGAGCGAAGAGGACACGACGACACAGGGGCGCAAGGCAAUGACAUGAGGGACGACCUAACCUCAAAAGGGCCGUGCCGAGCAAGUAGACUGGUAGGCGCACUGCGACGUUGUGGAUGAUUGAUGACAUGGGAUCAUCGUAGCCAUGGGCUUUCUAAGCCUGCGCAGCCGCCUCCUGCAGAGCCUCAUCCUGGCACUUCUCGGACUCACUUUCUACACUUACUACAGGACCACCGCCAGUGAGAUUCAGCAGUAUGCCUUCGUGCGCAGCUACAAUCGCUCGUCGCUCUACGACUCGGCGCACAGCCAACAGCAUCAGCCGCACGCCAACAACAACAUCAACUCGGAAUCGUCGGCGGCUUUAUCGACCCAACAAUCACGCCAGAACGCCUCGGAUCUGCUGCCCCCGUUGGUUGUCAACGGCUCCUCGCAGCAGCAGCAGCAGCAGCACAACGUAGCAGUGUCAAACUCGUCGGGUAUCAUAACCGUCAUAUCAGCGGCAUCCUCGUCAUCGAGCUCGCAAGCUUUGUCUUCCACUAGCACCAGCACAACCACUACGACAACUACGACCACGACCACGACCACCACCACGACCACGACAGUGGCGCCUUUGACAGCGCCGAUCGUCGUCGACAAGAACUCGGCCAGAGCGAUUUACGCAGCGGGACACUCGGUGACGGUGUCCGACAAGUGUCCCGAGCAGGGAAAGUACAUGGACCUGGUUAUCAUCAUCAUGUCGGCGCCCACGCACUUCGAGGCGAGGACGGCGAUUCGGCAGACGUGGGGCCACUUCGGCCAGCGCCGCGACAUCGGCAUCGUGUUCAUGCUCGGCAGCACGAACGACGCCAAAUUCGAGAAGAACCUGGAGCGCGAGCAGGACAUGUAUGGCGACAUUGUGCGCGGUAACUUCGUCGAUUCGUACUUCAACCUCACGCUCAAGACCAUAUCGACCCUGGAGUGGGUCGACACCUACUGCGCGGAGGUCAAGUUCGUGCUCAAGACCGACGACGACAUGUUUAUCAACGUGCCGCGGCUAGUAUCCUUCAUCAACAAACAUCGCAAGGACAAAAACGUGAUUUUCGGCAAAGUGGCGAGGAAGUGGAAACCCGUGAGGAACAAAUCCAGCAAGUACUUCGUGUCCGUGGCGCAGUACAAGGCCACCUUCUAUCCGGACUUUUGCACAGGCCCGGCUUACCUGCUCUCCAACGACGUGGUGCACAGCCUGCGCGACGCCGCGCUCAACGAGACCUUCCUCAAGCUCGAGGACGUGUUCGUUACGGGCAUCGUCGCCAGCAAGCUGGGCAUCAAGAGGGUGCACGCCAACGAGUUUCUCAACCGCAAGAUCUCCUACAGCCCGUGCAACGUUCAACGUGGCAUCAGCAUACACAUGGUCAAGUAUAGCGAGCAGUUUGAUUUGUGGAAGAAACUGCUCGAUGGCAAGGUCAAGUGCAAGUGAUAAGACGAUAAUCGAUAUUCUACAGGUGACUUCGUGCGUUUUUCUGCUAUUUGUUUUUUUGUUAUUUAAUCUCGCGACAGAGUACGGACGGUUCGCCCGACGACGACUGAUGAAAGAUAGGUUUUACGAAUGUUCUUAUCAAUUUGCAGCGAGACUUUCGCUAUCUUCUUAAAAGAAAUGAACUUUCGAUCGUGACUAUCGAUCCGAGAACGUCUUUGUUUUCACUGAGCAUCAUCCUCGCUAGUUCGCGUAAUCUUCAUUCAACUGAAAAGUGUUUCUUAUAAUUUUAAACGAAACGAAACGAAAAUGGAAGCGGUUUCCUCGUUGAAAAAAAAAGGCAGAUGGAAAUAACACAGUGGCGAGAACUGCUAUUCCAUAAUACACGUGUAAUCAUGAUAGGGUUCGUUAUUAUUAAAUCAUUAUUCAAUUAUUACCAACCGACUUCGCUCAAAUUAUACAUACCUAGUCUUUGGACUUUUCUCUUUUGCACGCGGUCAAAAGGCUGUCUCGGCGAUAGAAGCGAAAUCCUCGGGAUGAUCAACGUGGGAAAACGCGAUAGCGUUGAAAAUAGCCUGUGGGUGUAGCCGGAGUCUCGUCAAGCAGGCCCAACAGCGAGUGAAUGAUCAAAGCGAGCUUGCCAUUAAAGAAUCGUGAUUUAAGCGAUAGCUUGGUUUAUAAUAUUUUUCUACUUGGCUCGAAUAACGACUGUACGCGAGUGCACGAGCAGAGCACAAAAAAUAACGUUAGACGAGAGAGAGGGGGGGGGGGAGAGAGGGAGAGAGAGAGAGAGAGAGUGAGUGAGAGAGACAGAGAGAGAGAGUGAGUGAGAGAGACAGAGAGAGAGAGAGUGAGUGAGAGAGAGAGACAGGUAGAGGUAGAAUCGUUAGUUGCAUCACGGUAAUCAGUAAAUUCGCGUUUGAAAAAUAGAGCACUUGUAGAAGAGAAUCGUACGGCAAUAGUCAUUGUUUGUUAAGCACAAAGAAACAAAAAACUAUUCUCUCUCUCUCUCUCUUUCUUCCCCCCCCUCCUCUCUUUCUCUGCGACUUGAACUAUCUACUUUUAAAGAAUAAAUAACGGCGAAUUCUAUUUGUACCUAAUUAAACGAUAAGCUGUCACACGCGACUGAG